CCUACAUACAUGUGGAAGGAUAUGGUGAUUGUGUUUAGAUUUCUAAUUUUCAUACGCUAAAUAGCUUUCUUCAAAUCGACACAAAGCCUUUUAUCGAUUGGCAUAAGGUCGAGAUACUUCAGAGCGCACAUCAAGUACAUCAAGUGAUUGCAGCAGGGUAUUGAACAAAUUUCUUGAAAACCAAUAUGUAGAACAUACAUAUGUAUGUAUGUACCUAUGUGCUUUGAUGAGCACUUGAGCGGACAAUAUUGUACUCAUAAAAUAUUUGGCGAUCCAAACGAGAAAAUAAAUCGUUAAAGCUGUGAGUGAAUGAGCUGGACUAUUAAUUGCCCUCAAUUUCCACAUAUGUGCCUUCUGUUUUGUUAUAAAAAGAUAUCUAUUAUUGUAUGGGUAGGUGUAUGCUUUCAUCGGGUGGUGGGUGGCAGCGUCAGCAAAACGGACUCGAAUAGCUGGACAAUUUCGCUAGCGCGUCUUCUUUGCGCGCGCAAGGAACGCAUGUUUGGAAGCAAAAUGCGUUUUCAACAAAAACAGCAACAGGAGCGUGAGCAUAGACGCCUGGAGAUGACAGACGAAGGUGCCAGCUCCACGGAUGAAAUUAGGAGUCCAAAGCACAUUACAAACGGCAAGGUGCGUCAAAUGUUCGAUGAACGAAGACGUGGCGCAGGCAUCGAUCGGGCGAAUCCUCUGAAGCCAAUCAGUUCUACGUCUAAAGCACCGGCGCCAAUUCCUCGCCAAGUCGGUGGCGCUAUACACAAUUCAAAUCAAGAAAGAAAUGGCAACAUUGCGUCGGUUAAGCCACGCGGCGUAGCCAAUGCAAACAGUGUUUCCACAAAUGUGCGAAAUCCUCCAAGGCGGCUGCUAAACGGCAACGCCGACGCGCUGUCGAAGGAAAUGUCUUCACUCAGCUUGGGCUUGCACUCGCCAGACGAUCGCAAUAAUAAUAGGGACAACGAGGUUCUGGGCCGUGCCAAAUCAUCAAACAGUCUAAAACUAAAUCCAGUUGUGACAAAAAAAUCACCUUCGCCAGUACCACUACCAGCUGCACCAAUCUCCAAGCGACCAGUAAAUACAUCUGCUACAGCUGCUGCUGCACGACGAACGCCAGUACCAAAGCAGAGUUCCACACUCAGAACCUCAAAACCCACUGCAGCAACUACUACGAAGACUCCACCAAGGAGCACUUCGGGAAAUAUGGCUACUACUGCAGGUAACCGAACGCAAGCUGACAUAGACGCGGGCAACAGUGGUCUGUGCUGCUAUUGCAAUCGCCAUUUCAAUAUGGAAAGACUUCCGAAGCAUGAGAAGAUUUGCGAGAAAAUGGCGCAUACCAAGCGUAAGACCUUUGACGCGGCACGUCAUCGUUUACGAGGCACCGAUGCCGAAAAGUAUGUGAAAAAAGCACAAUCUCGUAAUAACGCCAACAAUAAAUCCGGAUACUCCAGUGCUGCUGCUGUAAGUGGCAUGUCAGGCAGUAUGAAGAAGAAUAACUGGCGAAAGAAACAUGAGGAGUUUAUACAAGCUAUUCGUGCCGCCAAGCAGGUACAGGCUCAUUUAGCCCGUGGUGGCAAGCUAAGUGAUUUGCCACCACCACCACCUUCGGAGAACCCCGACUAUAUACAGUGCCCACAUUGCUUGCGUCGCUUUAACGAGUCUGCAGCUGAGCGGCAUAUACCGCGCUGCGCCACUAUGUUACACAACAAGCCGAAGCCGGGUAAAACGGCACCGAGACGAAGAUAAAUUGAAGUCGGUGCGCUCAAACAUACUAAACAAAUCAGCCUUUUGCUACAUUUAAUCUCAUAGAAACUAACAACGAUGGAGUUUUGGUGCAUUGCUGACAGAAUCGUUGACCAUUUGGCUGAGGGUGCUUCAACAAAAAGGCCAAUUGUCUGCGUUGGCCGCCGAGAUUUUAUAUGACGAAUUAAUGUUAAUGUAGACAGCGAAAUGCAUAUUCACACCCUGUACAUGUGAUAAAUUAUUAUUGUAAACUUGACUUUUGAAAUAUUAUUAAAACAUAAACUAAAUCAAAACUGAA